CGUAGCAUUUCUUCGCAUCCUUGUCCACUCAGCUAACUCUCAACCACUGAAUUGAAUUAAUGCUUUUCAAUUAUAGAGAAUUAGUAAAAGCAAACUUGGUUCCCCUCUCUCUUUUCAACUCUCACCUCUUCCCCUAAUAGAAAUCCAUCCAUUCUAAAAGUCUUCUCUUUUUUUCUUCAAAUCAAAAGCUCCUUUGUUUGACAUGGAAGUAGUAAGUUUUUCCAUUGGUGUCAUAGGCAACGUCAUCUCAUUGCUAGUGUUUCUUUCUCCUGUCGGAACAUUUUGGCGAAUAAUAAAGCGUCGCUCCACAGAGGAAUUUGAGAGCCUUCCUUACAUUUGCACGUUGUUAAACUCAGCCCUAUGGACUUACUAUGGAAUUAUAAAGCCUGGGGCAUUACUAGUUGCCACUAUUAAUGGUUUUGGCGUACUUGUUGAGACUAUCUUUGUUACUUUAUUUCUUAUAUAUGCUCCGGCAAAGUCAAGGGCUAAAACCGCCAUUCUUUUUGGGAUCUUGGAUGUGGGCUUUUUAGCAGCAGCUGUUCUAGUUGCUCAGUUGGUAUUGCAAAGAGAAACGCGUAUUGAUGCGAUAGGGUUCUUGUGUGCAGGGCUAAACAUUAUAAUGUAUGGAUCGCCUCUCGCUGCCAUGAGGACAGUAGUGACAACCAAGAGCGUGGAGUACAUGCCAUUCUUUCUCUCAUUUUUCCUUUUCUUGAACGGUGGGACAUGGACUAUUUAUGCUUUGCUCGUACGUGAUUAUUUCCUUUUGGUACCAAACGGGUCAGGGUUUCUGCUUGGAACAGCGCAACUAGUGCUUUAUGCGAUUUACAGAAAGCCCAGGCGAUCCGAAAAUGAUUCAGAGAGAUUGCAAGAAGAAUGGCAACAUGAGUGCCUCGUCUCGUCCUCAAGUCAUGAUCAAUCACAUUGAAAGAAUGCAGAGCAGAGACUGUUAUGAGAGUUUUGUGGUGUACUUUCUCGGCU